GGGCGGCCAUUUUUCUAAAACACAAACAAGAAGAGAAAGCGAGUUGUGAGAAUAUUCGCAGCGAAUGUUGGUCAGAGGAAAGUAUAGCUAAUUAAUCAAACGUUCAACAAAUAGUUGAAAGGAAGUACCCUUAACAUAUACAGAUCGUUGCGAAAUACAUGUAUAUGUUAACUGGAUUUAACUAGUUACAUUUCAAUUUCGGAAAAUUUGCAGCUACCAGCUAGCUAGGUUGUAGCUGGCUAGCUGGCUACUUGGCUGGCUAGCUAGUGCGACCAGCUUUCAACGAAAGGUGUUUGGAGGAAAGGGAGGGAAAAUAGACCCUGAGGAAAUAAUCAAGCAGGAGUAGGACAGUGAGAAGUGGAAGGAAUAAUACAUGCCUGUGAAGAUGACAUUUGUCUCUCCCUGUGUAGCCGCUGUUCUUCACAAUAUUGCUUCAUAGUCAUUAUUAUGAUCAACUCCAAUGUUGAUGUAAUUGCUGGUGCUGUUUGUCCAUGAAAAUUUAGUUUUUGUUUAUUUUUGAUAGCUGUCACAUUUGACCUCCUCCGUCACCUCACCCAACUCCUUUCCCUGAGCCUGGCAGCUAUUUGCUCAGCAUAUCAAAUUUGUGUGGUCUGAACAAUCCCACUCUAAACCACUGCACACAGAAGAACCAAGUAGCCUUUAACUCCCUCAUCGAAUCUGGACGAAACUGGUCCAGUCCUCUGGACAAGAAGCCUUGAGCUCCAGUUGAAGAGAGGAGUAUGACUGCUGAAACACUUAACUUCGGCCCAGAAUGUUGUCUAGGGGAAGAUAAUGGGCGAUGCAUAUCCAACCUAAACUUGAGGCUCCGUGCACUAUCCAGAGGGGGGUGUGUGACGUCCCCCCCUCCUUCUCCAGCCAUGCCAAAGUCCAAGUUGGCUGAUUACCGCUAUGGCCGCGAGGAGAUGCUAGCACUUUAUAUCAAAGAUAACAAGCCCCCAGAGGACAUGCAGGAUAAGGAGUUUGCUGCUAUCAUGCAGGAUGAGCCUGUGCAGCCUUUGGCCCUGGAGCCUCUAACUGAGGAGGAGCAGAGAAACUUCUCCAUGUCUGUGAACAGUGUGGCUGUGCUGAGGCUGAUGGGAAAGGGAGGCGGGGCUGCCCCUGUAGGCGUGGCUAGGGGCCGUGGAGGAUGCAUCAGAGGAGGUAGAGGGAGAGGGAGAGGUGAAGGUGCAUUCUACCAAAGAGCUCCUGGAGGUCCUGAUGAAGGAGAGGUGGGCUUCGGUCGUGGCCGAGAAAUGCUCCGCAGCCAAAGCUGGGAUGACCGAGCUGAGAGGCCAAGGUUUGAGAAGCCAAUCAGGUGUGCUGAAGUAGUGCGUCCAGGGUUCGAAGAGGCGGGGCCUCUGGGCAGGAAGGACUCCUGGCGUGCCGACAGCGACAACUGGCGUACCCUCCGAGAGGAGGAGGAAGAGGCAGCAGCAGCAGGAGGAGAGCAGCCAGCCUGGAGAGUUGCAGGAUCCCGUCGUGAUGAUGGAGGUCCUCGUUCUGCAGGCUGGCGUGAUCGUGGCGGCCGGAGGAAGUUUGAGUUUGACUUCCGUGACGGCGAGGGCCCCCGCAGGGAAUCCGACAGGGACGGCCUUCCUGAGUGGUGCACCGAAGAGGAGGAUGGAGAGAUGGGAACCUUUGACUCCUCUGGGGCCUUCAUGUGCAUCAAGAAAGACUGUAAGGACACCAUCACUGAAGAGGAUCUGGAGUUUGAAGCUCUGGAGGAAGAGGAGGCGAAUGAUCAGGGAGGCAAGGACAACUACGCUGACAGAGAUGAAUGUGAAGCAGCAGGUGAGGGAGAAGAUAAGUACAAGACUCCUUCUCCUCCUGCCAUCUCUGGCUCUCCACCUUCAGACCCUCUUCCUGCCCCCUGCGCCACACAGGCACCCAUCUCCCAUCCCGCCAAAACAAACUAUGUGCCCGCUGAAGGCUGCCCACUUCCAGGGAGUGGUGUGCAGCUCAGCCCAGACCCCCCCUCCACCACCUCCAGCCUGAUGCCUCCUCCCUCCGGAUCUCUCCUCCCCUCAACAGGGGGAGAAGCGGAGGAGGAUGAAGGCAUGAAGCACCUGCAACAGGAGGCUGAAAAGAUGGUGGCCUCACUGCAGGACACGUCCCUUGAGGAGGAGUGUUUCACUCAAGCACUACAGGAGAGCCACACCAUCACCUCUCACUCUCACACACACCCAGCCCCACACUCACACACGCACGCCGCUGGACACACACACUCUCACUCGACCCAUAGGGACUCUGCCCUGCCCCUCUCCCACGAGGCAGCCAUGAAGUGGUUCUACAAGGACCCCCAGGGAGAGAUCCAAGGUCCCUUCUCCACGGUGGAGAUGUGUGAGUGGUUCCAGGCCGGCUACUUCACCAUGACCCUGCUGGUAAAGAGGGGUUGUGAUGAGGGCUUCCAACCCCUGGGUGACGUCAUCAAAAUGUGGGGCCGCGUGCCCUUCUCCCCCGGCCCCUCCCCCCCGCCCCUCCUGGUGAGACAGCCCCCACCAUCUCGGGGGUCCUCUGGCAAUAUGGACCAGGAGCUGCUGAAAAAACAUUUGGAGCAGGCAGCCACUGCAGCUCUAUACCAGCAACUACAGAUGAGGUUCCAGCACAUGAACAGGAGUGGAGAUUCUAGCAUGAUGCCCUCGAUGAACAGGUCCAUGUCAGUACCUGAUAAUGGGUCCAUGUGGGACAUGCAUACCUCGGCCUCCCAGCAGUCAGGUGGUGAGGCCAACCUAUGGGACUUAACCAUGAGUCAUUCCACUCAGGGGCCAUCUCUGGAGCAGCUACAGAAGCUCCAGGACCGGCGUGAGGCUGAACUCAGGGCCAAGCGAGAGGAGGAGGAGCGGAAGCGGCAGGUCGAGAAGAGGAGGCAGCAGGAGGAACAGAAGAGGCGUGAUGAGGAGGAGCUGUACAGGCGUAAGCAGCAGUGUCGGCAGCAGCAGGAGCUGAUCAUGAAGCUGCUGCAGCAGGCCCAGCCCGGGGCCCCAGGGUGUGUCUCUGGGUCAGGGUGGAGUGGCUCCCAGGCCUCAGCCCUCUCCAAACAAGGCAAGAGCCUCGGCCUGCUGGAGCUGGAGACCGAGAGGCUGCUCAAACAGCAGGCCCAGCACCAGAGGGCCCAGCAUCAGAGAGAAAGGCAUGGAGGCUUGUCUAUGGGCCAGUGGGGUGAGGGGUCUGUGGGCAUGUGGUCUGGUGGGGGCAUGGAGCCCAAAGGCAGCUCUGGAGGGAUGGGUGUCUGGGAGGAGGCUGUGAAGAACCAAAACAGCCUCCGCAAUAUGGGCAUGAAGAACAGCCGCAGCAGCCCAUCUCUCAGUGAGCAGUACAUGCUGAGGAAGAAGCGUACAGAGGAGGAGGACAAGCUGCUGAAACUGCUGCAGGGCAUGAAGCCCCAGGAUGGCUUCACCACCUGGUGUGAACAGAUGCUACACGCACUCAACACCUCCGCUAACAACUCCUCCUCCUCACUGGACGUGGCAACCAUCGUGGCCUACCUGAAGGAGGUGGAGUCUCCCUACGAGGUCCAUGACUUUAUCCGCUCCUACUUGGGCGACACCGUGGAAGCCAAAGAGUUCGCCAAGCAGUUCCUGGAGCGCCGAGCCAAACAGAAAGCCAACCACCAGAGACAACAGCAGCAACAACAGCUAUCAAAAGAAGUUUCAGGGCUGUCCAUGAACAACUUUCCUAUCCAGUCCAUGUUCCAGGCAGCCCAGAUGGGAAAGGGAGGAAUGUAUGACAGCCAGGCUGCAAAGAUGAAGAAGAAACAGACCAUGAUGCUUCACUCUGACCCUAGCAUCUUAGGAUAUUCAUUCCUGGGCGCUGGGGAGAGGAUGAACCUGGGCGAGAUGGAAACAGUGGAGGAUUAUUGAUCCACAGCAUCUACCUGAAUCCACCUGAGGCCUUACACCUGGAUUAAAACACACACUGACACACACACAAACACUCACCUACACCCACACAGACAAUGACGAAUGUGCACUGCUGAGCUACUUUGCCCCCUCAUAGAUGAGGACCUGGUAAAGUAGUGUUUUCUCUCAUCUCUGUGUGGGGGGGGGGGGGGUGCAGAGGAGUACCCUCCUGCACUUCUUACAGUUAAGCACCUUAAACUAAACUAAUGCACUUUAUCACAGGGUUUCAAUAUUUGAAAUUAAGUUUUGCCAGUUUGUUUUCUUGUUUUUAGGAUGCAAAAUGUGCAUAUUGUGUCUACAAUACGAUUACACACAUGUGGAUGUGUGUGCAAAAAUACCUAAGGAACUGGAGGUUACAUCUCCAAUAAUGUGGGGUGAUGAGGAUUUCUUUUGGAAAGUAUGUUCUUUGUUUUCUUAAAAAAAAAAAGUUUUUAUAUAAAAUGUAAAGCUAUAAGAAAUUGCAUUUUAUUAAGAAAAAAACUUGAAGGUUUGCACUUAGAAAAACAAAAAAAAAACUAGUUGUAGAUAAGUAGUGGAAGAAAUUAUGUUUCUUUGAAUGCUGGUGGGUUUGUGUGGUAGACUUAAAGCCUGCACAAUUUUUAUUGCUUACAGAGAUGCAUAAAAAGGCCAUGUUUUUACUUUGUUCCAUGAAACUUUUUUACUUUGAAGAAUGUAUGCAAUGUGUGCCCAUGUCAGAUGUAUAUGAGUGAUUGGUAGCCAAUGAAUGUGUGUGUUCUUUUGUACAUGGAAUCUGUGUGGAGAGGGCUCUUUUCAACCAAUCUUUCACCAGCUCCUCAUCCCCUAAAUGACUUCAUGAAGGUUUUUUGCUUUGGUGUCCAGUUACCUGACUGGCCGUCUGUGUUUUGUCAUUGGUGCAUUGCUGCCCUCAUUCUCCUUCAUGGUGAGUCACGAAGGUCCAUGGGCUCUGAUUCGCUGAUACAACUGUGAAAACAGAUCUUAUAAUUCAAGGCAGAUUUCCGAGGUGUAUUUUACUGCAGUUAAGUCACACUCGUUUAAAGAACCAUGAAAAGUUCUGUUUAAUCAUUCUCUUCCUUGUGGUUAUGAGAGUUGGUAAGACCAGAGUAGUCCCUUGCAUUUUCCAAGGGGAUCUAUUGCCUUUAACGACAUGUCAGUGUUGAGGUCUUGCUUUCCUGCUUCCAGGCAGUUUUGCAGACGAUUGCCACUGCGUAUGUUAACCCUAGUAUUGAUAGCUAGAGUCCUGUCUUUUUGUUGCUUUUUGAAUAGAAUGUCAGUUUUUAAACAAAGUGAAAGUAUUUGGACUUGAUAUGGAGCACUUUUGAGGCUGCUACACUAUUGUAUUUUUAUAUAUAUAUAUAUUUUUUGCCUCGUAAUUAUUUUUACCUCAAAAGAUAUCUGGGGGUGGAAAUGAAUGUAUUCCAAAAACUGAAAUGUAUAACAGUGCAUUGAGAUGAAGCCAGACUUUAAACAAAUCUUUUGGAGCUAAUGAGUAGAGUUGUGCUGAUGAAGUAUUAGAAUCCCUGAAGAUGAGCUACUGUAAAUGAAACCGAGGUGGACACGGCUGAACACUGCCUUCUCUUACUGCUCUUUGAGAAACUCUUCCUAAUAAGAUGAAGACAUCUGUCCACCGCCAUGUUAUCGCCCUCGAUACAACACACACACGAGGAACUAGCAUGGAAAAUGUAGCAGUCGUGUUUUUUUUUUAAAGAAAUAUUUGUCUCCUUUUUAUCUUUGAAUGUCUGGGUUGCUACUAUUCAUGAAUGAUCUCUUGCUUUUCCUCAUUGCCUAAAUCUUGUGACAAUUUAGUUUUUGAAGAUGUGGGCAGAGGAAUGAUCGGUACGUCAUCAGCAAACUGAAACAAUCUUCGCUUUAACCGGUCUGGAUUAUAUUUUUAAUGAAAAAAGAAAGGCAAAAAAAAAAAA